ACAAAAGUGGCGCUCUACCGUCUCCAGCUCAACACUGGUGGUUACCUAAGUGAUGGAUGGAGAUUUGGAAGCCAGGCCUGAGUUAGAGGCAAAUACAGCCACAGAGGAGGAGGAGGGGCCUAUGGAAACCACAUCAUCAACAGAACAGACCCCACCCACUGAGGCUCAGGAUUCUGAAGAAGCUGGAGCCGAAACCACAGACCUGCCCAAGGCCUCAGAGGACAAUGAUGAUGAUGUAGUGUUAGUUGAUGGUCCUCCUCCACCCUCUCAGGGGGAGGCCCAGCCUCCGCCCAUCUCUGACACCCCCACACCUGCAGAAGCCCCUUUAGCCAAAGCCACAGACUGCACUGAGCCGGGUACCACGGCAACAGCAGGUACAGCCUCCUCAAAGGCUCUCUCUCCUCCCUCUGCUGCAGCUGGUACUCCCCCAUCUGCAUCCACAGCAUCGAAAAGCCAGAGCGAGCCAAUCGUCAUAGAUGACGAAGAGGACUCCGAGCAGAGAGGUUCGUCUUCCUCCGAGGUCAGAGGUAGCCUGAGCAGCACGGAGCCCGACUCUGAAAUAAAGAUAGCCAGCGUCACCACGCUGGGCGCGGCCUCCUCUGCUGCAGUUGCCACGGCAACAGCAGCCGCGACAACAUUGACCCCGUGCGUUCAGGAGGAUAUGAACCUCAUGAUCACGAGUGUGACUUCGCUCAAAGGCGCAGGCACAGUGGGAGUGGGGGCAGGGGACACAGAGGGCGGGGCAAACGGACUACAAAUCAGCAGCACAUUCAGCCUUAACCCAGAGGCCCAGCAGAACCUGAGUCAGAACCAGGGAUCCGUCGGCAGACCGUCGCCCACGUUCAACCCAGGACGCGUCAACUCAGCCACCCAGCCGGUCCAGAAUGGGGAGACGGGAACACAUCAGAGAUCUGCUUCGUGGAUCUCCCAGUCUGCAUCUUUCCCCCGUAACCAGAAGCAGCCGGGGGUGGACACCCCCUCGCCCGCGGCCUCUCUUCCCAAACCCCCAGGCCAGUCCCCCUCAGGGUCCCAGCAGCCCCCUCGCACCAUGAAGGUCACCUGUGCCAACUGUAGGAAGCCUCUGAAGAAAGGCCAGACGGCUUAUCAACGGAAAGGUUCAUCCCACCUGUUCUGCUCCACCACCUGUCUCUCCGCCUUCUCCCAUAAGCCUGCGCCCAAGAAGAACUGCACCAUGUGCAAGAAGGACAUCACCAGUAUGAAAGGGACCAUCGUGGCUCAGGUGGACUCCAGUGAAUCCUUUCAGGAGUUCUGCAGCACCGGUUGUCUGGGUGCAUAUGAAAACAAACAAAACCCUCCAAAGACCCAAGUCAAAACCAAGUGCACAGUCUGUGGCAAGCUCACUGAGAUUCGCCAUGAGGUGAGCUUUAAGAAUGUCACCCAUAAGAUCUGCAGUGACUCAUGCUUUAACCGGUACCGAAUGGCCAAUGGUCUCAUCAUGAACUGCUGUGAACAGUGCGGGAACUACCUUCCCAGCCGUGCCUCUGCCAACCACUUCUUACUCAUCGACGGCCAGCAGAAACGCUUCUGCUGUCAAAACUGCGUCAGGGAUUACAAACAGACCCAUGGGAAGAUGACGGCGUGUACUGGCUGUAAGGUCAUGUGUAGGUCAUUUGAUGUCACUCACUGCAUCGGGCCCAGUGGAGCCAUGGAGCCAUACUGCUCCACAGCCUGCAUGAGCAAAACCAAGAUCACAGCCGCACAGAAUGCGGAACCUUCUUGUCAUUUCUGUAAGAGAAAUGCUUUACCUCAGUAUCAGGCGACACUACCUGAAGGAAAGGUCUUAACUUUCUGCAGUUCACAAUGUGUAACCAAGUUCCAGAGUGCCACAAUUCAGACGUCAGCCAAUGGGCAGGUUCCCACCUCCUCGGCAUCCAAUAACAUCCAGCUGAAGUGUAACUACUGCAGGGGCUCCUUCAGUCUGAAACCUGAAAUUCUGGAGUGGGAGGAUAAAGUGUACCAGUUCUGCAGUAAGACAUGCUGUGAGGACUAUAAGAAGCUGCACUGUAUUGUCACCUUCUGUGAAUACUGUCAGGAAGAGAAGACACUCCACGAAACCGUCAAGUUCUCUGGGGUCAAGAGACCCUUCUGCAGCGAAGGCUGUAAGCUCCUGUACAAGCAAGACUUCGCCCGGCGUCUUGGGUUAAAGUGUGUCACCUGUAACCACUGCUCUCAGAUGUGUAAGAAAUCAGUCACGAAACAGAUCGACAAUGUGAGCAGGGACUUCUGCAGUGAAGCCUGUGCCAAGAAGUUUCACGAGUGGUAUUACAAGGCGGCGCGGUGUGACUGCUGUAAGGUGCAGGGGAACCUCACAGAGUCUGUGCAGUGGCGUGCAGAAAUGAAGCACUUCUGUGACCAGCAGUGUCUCCUUCGCUUCUACUGCCAGCAGAACGAGCCCAACAUGGCGACUCAGAAGGGCCCAGAGAACACUGCUCUUGGCUUUGGAGGUCACACACAGGGAACCAAGAUGACGGGUCCUGUCUCAUACGCUGGGGGAGGGAUGUUGAAGGAUGUGAAGAAUAAAGCUGUUCUCUGUAAGCCCCUAACCAUGACCAAGGCAACUUACUGUAAACCACACAUGCAGAGCAAGCUACUGCAGACAGAGGAGGGAGAGCUGGAGGGACUGGUGAAGAAGGAGUACGUCCCUGUGCCCAUCCCAGUUCCCGUUUACGUUCCCGUUCCCAUGAACCUCUACGCUCAGGCCACGCCCACACCCAUCACAAUGCCUGUACCGGUGCCCGUGCCCGUGUUCCUGCCCACCACGCUGCAGAACGCCGAGCAGAUCAUUAAGAGCAUCAGCGAGCUGAAGUCUAAGGUGCCCUCUGACCCUCUGGAGGCCGAUCUCCUGGCCAUGGCAGAGAUGAUCGCCGAGGAUGACGAGGAGAAGCCCAACUGUUCAGAUGUCAAAUGUGAAAACGCUAAGAGUGGAGGAGUGAAGAGGGAGCGAGGGAGGAGCGAGAGUGGCAGCAGUUCGUCGGAGGAGGAGGAGGAUGAGGAGGAGGAAAAGUAUGAACCAGACUUAGAUUUGGAAGCUGAUCUUCCACUAGCCACUGACCCUGUGCCUGCGUUGGAGGGUUUGGAUGCAGAGAUGGGAUUUACCUUACCCCCUGUCCUGGCCGAGGAGAAGGUGGAGAUGCCGCGGCUUAGAACCAGGAGGAAGGGACAGAAGAGGCGAGUGGUGGAGGAGGAGACGACUCCUGCCGCCUCCCCGUGCCCUGACCCUCCUCCUGUGGACAACUCGUUCCCCUUCAGCUCGCGGUACGGACUGAACGCCUGGAGGAGGUGGGCCGCGUCCUCGGCCGCACAGGCCGCUGACUCGAAAGGGAAAGACAACUCCAAACAAGCCCCGGCCAGGUUGAAAGCAAGUCUUCUCUCCCUGAAGUCCACAGAGCUGAACCAGGCCUUGUCUCGAUUUGUCAAAGAGGUCCGCAGGCCGAACGGGGAACGCUACGCUCCUGACAGCAUCCUCUACCUCUGCCUCGGCAUCCAGAAGCAUCUGCAGGACAAGGGGCGAUCGGACGACCUCUUCAAUGACUCACACUAUCACAAAUUUGGGGAGGAGCUCAACAAGGUCCUCAAAGGCUGGCAGCCUAGCGUUUUGCCUGACGGUGCUCUGUGGGGUCGUGUGGAGGAGAAGUGUCUGUGGAGUAGUAAGCAGUUAGGGGAGCAGUCUCCCUCUGUCCUGCUGCGCUCCCUCGUCUAUCUCAACACUAAACACUUUGGCCUGCGCACUGUGGAGCAGCACUUGCGCCUGUCGUUCGGGAACGUUUACGGUCCCUGCGCGGCCGGUCCGAACAGCCACGAGACCACCGUCUGUAUACGCGUACCCUCCAUUUCACAGGACCAGCCAGUUCAGACAGGAAGCAAGAGGCGCCGUAAAGAGGACGAGAGCAGUCAGAACUACGACCUCGAAGAAGGUUCCGGAACAUCCACUCACUGUCCGGUGAAAAAACACGAGUGCCGCCUAUACGAGCUAUACCUAUCCAAGUGCCCUGAGUCUGUGAGGCAGCGGACCGACCUCUUCUACGUGAAGCCGGACUCCUCGGCCUCCUCGGACAGCCCGCUGUGGUUCACCUCCGGUCCUUUAGAGAAGAGCGUUCUGGAGAGGCUCCUAACGCAAGUUCUCCUGGUGAGGGACAUCUACAGGGAGAACCAUCAGGAGGAGGAAGGAACGGAGCGGGAGGCGCACUGAGGACUCAUGCCCAGCAUUACACGCUCAGCAUUACGACUCAACCUGCAAUCCGUGUCACACCGUCUUACUCCUUCCUCCCCCCCCACCUCAUCCCCCCUCUCCCCGCCUGAAUACACGUUGAUCCUAGCACAGUAACGACGUAACAGUGAGUGUCAGGAAUUUAUAGGAAUGUGGACGCACACCUGUUCUGAGAUCAGUUUUUUUACAGAGGAGAAGAGGAAAAAAAAAAAAAAAAAAGGUUGAUAUGAGUGGUGCUUUACCUGAAAAGCAACCCGUGGACUGCUGCUUUUCUUGUUUGUUUUUUGUUUGUUUGUUUGUUUGUUUGUUUGUUUUUGGUUUGUUUAUUUUUAUUUCUAGGGAGAUUCUGUUUAUGUGAUGUAGCAUAACUCACUAUGCCCAGAUUGGGCAGCUAUGGUCUGUAAAUAUUUCUGAGAGUAGAGAGUUAGGAAACUGGUGGGAGUGUGUGCAAGACCUA